AUGGAGGAAAGGAACGUGCUUGAUUACGCAGAAGUAAUAAUCGACCGACAGAGAGACAAGAUCAAUGAGCUGGAGAAGAAGCUCGUGGAGCUGCGAAGCAGCAGCGAAGAACUGCAAAAAAAUGCCCUGAAAAACGACGAAGAAAAUAAAACCCUCAGGUUGGAACUAAACAGAAAAAAAGAAAACGACAUGAUGUUGGAUAUGCAACUAAGUAAAGAAAAUGAAUUUCUUCAAAAAAUCAACAUACUGGAAAAGCAACUACUCAAAAGAGACACCCUCCUGGAGGAAUUAAACAACCUUUUGAAAAAAAGAAAAUAUGAAUACGAAUUGUUGUUACAGGAAAAAGAAAAUCUAACAAAUACACUUAACAUGAUGAGAAGUGAUAUGUGUAAAAACUGGAAGAAGGAAAAACUAAAGGAAGAAGAAUGUUUAAAUAAUGAAAAAGAGAGUGAAAAUUUUUUAAAUUUGUAUAAAAAUAAUAAUGAGGAAUUGCACAUCACCAAGAGAUGCUUAAUACAAAUUGAGACCGAAUUACAUUUGUAUAAAAAACAAAACGAAAAACAGAAAAAUGAAAUCCAGAGGUUGUACAAAAUAAUUAGCUGUAUGAACAAAGAAAAGGCUCUUACCCCCCCCGUUGUUUUAGCCUUACAGAAUGAUUAUGUCAGAGAUAGAAAUAGUAAGGCGCUAAAUGAAUAUAUGCAAGUAAAGACUAUUCAAGAUUGCCCCCCGGGUCUUUCAACACAAAUGGAGAAUAAGGUAACCAUACUGAAGCAUAUAAGUCCUGAAAAAAAUAUACAGCAAAGGAUGAUCUACGAUGAAAAUUUACUAAAAUUAAAUUUAAUGCAAUCACAGGAACAGAAAAAUUUAUUUAACAAAAUAUUAGAAACGCUAAACAAAAUUCAGUAUGAGAAAUCUGGCGAUAAUAAAAUUGAUUUUUUCUUUUCCUCCAGUGUUUUGCACUUUCUUGAAAGCAACAAGGAACACAAAUUAUUGCGCACUAAUAAUGAAUCACUAAAACAUUUUUUCAGCUUAACCACCGAGUCCGAGGAGGACUCCGGCCAAUUGUCAGAUGUCAGUUCUUACAACCCACUAGAAGAAAAGACACAUUUAAGAAAGAACAAAAAGGAUAAGAGACAAAUGAAAAAACAAAAGAGGGAGAAGACGAAGAAGAAGAAAAAAAAAAAUGACAGGAUUCUUCACUCUCCUUUUUCAAUCAAAAAAAGUAAAUGGGGAAAGAAAAAAAAGGAAAAGGGGGGAGUUGGUCCAAAGCAUAAAUUAGCACGGUCGGAAGACAGUUCCAUCGAAGACGAUGACGGCGAUGCACAGCGCGGUCAUGGGGACAAGACAACCACCAUUAGUGAUGACACGAGUCACGGCACAAGUGAAGAGAUCACCAGCGAGGAAGACACACACAGUGAUGAUGAUGAUGAAGAUGAUAAUGGUGAAGGUGGGGAAAGCGAAAGCGGCGUUAGCGCAAGCAGUGAUGAUAAAAGUAGUAAUAGCAAAAGCGACGAUGACACGGGAAUAGACUCACAGGGGAACUCCCAUACACCCAGCGCCAAACGGAGACAUCAAAAAGGAGGCACUAGCGACGAGUCAGAAAGUAACACAGAUGGAGAUAACAUCAACCAUAUAAAGAACAAAGGGAGUUAUAUAGGAAAUAAAAAGGCGCUGUUAAAUUUUGAGAGAUAUAAAGAAAAAUUCAUAGGAAUAACAAAUAAAGAAAUAUUUUUAUAUAACAAAAAAGGGGAUGAAGAACCAGUGUACGUUCUAAAAAAUAAGAAUGUUAAAAAUGUAAAGACAUUUUAUAACAGGCAGGUGUAUAUGUUGGAAUAUAUAUCAUUCGACAACAUUCCAGAGAAGCAUUAUUUUUUAAUAAAGGACGACGAUAAAUCACUGAGAAUGUACUACGCUUUGCAGUACGCAGGGAUUAUGAAACAUGAAAUGGACAAAUUUCAAGGGGAGGAAGAAAACAAGAAUGAUUACGUGGGAAAAUUAAACAAAAAUUAUUAUGAGAACAAAACACAAGGUGUAAAUGAUCCACAGGAGAAAGCUUCAUAUUGCAACAAACUAAAUUCGUCCUACCAAGAAAUUACUGUAAACAUAUUUACUCCCAGUGGGAUUGAUAGAAAUGGUAAUAACAUACCUUACUUAUGUAGUAAUGUACUAAUAAAAAGAAGCUCUCAAAAUAAUCAUCUAAUGCUUAAAAAUUUUAACAGUAAAAAGACUUAUAUUAACUGCCAACAUUAUCAUAUGGAUUAUAAAAAUAAUAAGUUCACCCUCUAUUUUAAUGAGUUUAAAGAUCAGCAUAUUAUUUUGCCAAAGAGUAAAGGAUGCAUGGGUAUCCUGCAGGACAUUCUAAAUCAAAUGAGGUGGAAGAAUUCGCACCAAAUUUACGAAUCUGUCAAGAAAGGUGCAUACGAUGAUGAAGAUGUGGAAAGCGCUGAUGUAUCUUCUUACGGAUCGGAAGGGGUAGUCGCGGGGAAAGGAAAAUAUGAUACUAGGGAGAAAAUGGGCGAAGGGGGGGCCCACAGAGGUGGAGCACCGGAUAAGGAGAGCAAUGGAGAAUGGGUCAGAGAUAGGGACAACGAUGGUGGAAGAGACAUCUUUAGAGAAAUGGACAAAUCACGUAGUAGAGAAAUGGACGCAAAGAGGGAAAAGGAAGGCGACACAAAAAUGGAAAUACCAAGAGAGGGAUUCAUCGAUAAGGGAGUAGGAAGGGACAGCUACAGGUCGAAAGAACGAGAGUGGGAACAAGAGUGGGAAGGACAGAAAGAACGAGAUUUGGAGAAAGACGAGGAGGAUAGAAAGGAUUCCAUCCUGGCAAAUUCGAACAUGUCGGACAAAAUGGCAGACACGUUCUAUAUAAAAGAAAAUGUACUUUACAUAUCCAAAGAUGGUAACCCUUUUAAGAAGGACCAAAUGAGCUUCAAUGAUGAAAACGCUUAUAAAUUCCCAAAUGAAAAAGUACAGAUAUUGAGAGAUGAUAACGCGCAAGAAUUAACCUUUAUAAAGAGCGAAGAAAAUAAAGAUGAAGAGACCUACAUUUUUCACUACCCCAAGAAGGAGAAGUAUGACCAUGUUAUAUCCAAAUUGGGUAACAACAAUUUUAACGUUAUUCAGAAGAGUGAUUAUGAUAAAAUGAAAAAACAAGAAAAAAAAGAAGAAAGGGAAAAAAAAUCAUUUAAUGCAGACUCAGACGCAAAGACCGAACCGGGCAAGGAAAAAAUGGAGAAAGCGGAUAAAUUUAUUAAAAACAACCAAGUAGUUGUCAUCGAAAAGGGAUUAUUAUCAAUUUAUAAAGAUUACGGAAACGAGAAUUCUGUUCCCAUAAUCAAAUUUACAUGCGAUUCUUGUGAUGUACACGCAAAUGAACAGAAUGGAGAAAUUAGUAUAAAAGAAACGUCAAAAGGUUCUAAUGAUAAAAUUGUUCUCGACUGCUUAAACAAAACAGAAUUCCAUAGGUGGAAAAACGCGCUACGUUUCGGUGGCUUUAUAAAAGGAGAAAGUGUUAGCAUUUCCUACAUGAAUUUGAAAAAACACAUAUUCUCCAUCAAUUUAUUUGACAACUUGGACAUAAAAAGUUUAGUCCGAGUGAAUAACAAUUUUAUAUACAUUUAUCCAAAUAACGAAAUCAACAAGCCCUUAUUUUCCUUUGACAAGGAAAAAAUAGAAUUGGUGGUAAUACCAAACAUAAGGAAAAUACGAAUAUAUAUGCAAAGGGAUACCGUAUAUGAGCAGCGAUACGAUAUAACCAUUUCAUUAGCACGUGAUUUCUUGAACAUUAAAGAGCAAAUAGAAAAGUACAACUUUCACACAUUAAAUAAGAAAAAAAUUCAAAAAAUAAGAAAACCUUUUGUGCUGUGCAAAAAGAAUAUUAUUGCUAUACAUAGGGAUAAAUACAAAUUAAAACCAGACCUUAUACUGGAAAAAAAAAACUGCACAGUUUUAUAUGAUAAAAACAAAUUCACAAUCACCUUUAAAAUUAGAAAUAAAUUGGAUACCACUCAGGAAGAUAUAAAAAUUGUUACCCUAUCUAAUGCAGUUAAUUUUAGCAAAUGGUUGGUCACACUAAAAGUGGCUUCCUUCAUACCUGGCUUUAACGAUGUUGAAGAUGACAUUUCUUUUCCCACCAUCGUUUAUGGGCAUACAAGUCCCGAGGCAACUAGCUUACUUGGGAAGAGAAAUUCGUUCAUGAAUUUUUUUAAAAAAUAA